UCCAUUAUGUUCGUUUGUGGCAUAUGUUUGGAUACGAAGCUAGUCUCUAAGGGUUUCAAAGAUGGCAAGUGUAGGCUUUGCAAUCACUCAUUUUGCACUGACUGCAUAUUAAAGUAUGUGGAAACUCUAAUACACCGGAAUGAUCUUCUCGAAAUGACUUGUCCAGGCCCUAAUUGUGGUAUAGAAUUGGAGCCUGAAUCUUUCCGUACCCUUUUGGCUCCUGAAGUUAUUGAUAGAUGGGAAAUUACGAGAUGCGAGUCUGCGAUUCGUUGGUCGGAGAGGAUUUACUGCCCCUUCAAGGAAUGUUCAGGCCUGUUGGUGAAUGAAGAAAGAGAGGUUGUGACCAGUGCUGAGUGCCCCUAUUGUCAUAGGCUAUUCUGUGUACAGUGUAAGGUUCCUUGGCAUGCAAAUAUGAACUGUAGGGCAUUUCAACGGAGUAAUAAAGAUUCGGAUGACAACUUUCUCAAGUUAGCCAAAUCGGAAAAGUGGCAGAAAUGUCCCCGGUGCAGUAUUUAUGUUCAGAAAAUUUCUGGAUGUAUACACGUGUUUUGCAGGUGUGGAUGCGACUUUUGCUACAGUUGUGGGAUGAAGUAUCGGGAAGGACAUAAAUGCAGAAGACGGUUUAAUUGGACCUUUGUGGAACUAUUUGCUUGUCUGUUUGAAAUGAUCGAGGCUAUCUGUUCAUCUCCCUCUUUGGAAGCUAGUGACAAAUUUUAACCCAAAAAGAGAAAAGGUCACGUAAAAAAAGUGUUAACAUUUCAUAGUUUUUUUUAUAUGGCUAUGCUUUAUCAUGCAAUACAAGGGAUGCUGUUUUCAAAUAUUAUGACAUUUUAUGUU